CACACCCAUAAACCAUAUCCUAGGAGGGUAUCUUCCAGGAGGGAGAGCUCAUUCCUCCGCACCCCCGUCGAGCGCAGAUGCAUACGGGCUGCUCCGACUCCUGAUUGAUUGGCCAGCUUGACGCUCCAAAGGCCUUUGCCGAGAACGCGCUUGGUUCGCGCUCCCUCACUCCGACUCCGCGUGCGCAGCCACAGUUAGCUCGCUAGACAUGGGACAAAGGGCAUAGCCCCAGAUCGACCCUCCGUGUACGAGCAACACAUCACCACCCCCAGCUCGGAAAGCACAUGGGUAAUAGGGCAAGGCUCCUGCCAACCGUCUCGCAAGCAUGUCCACCUUUUCGCGCUUCCUCCUGUCCCCCAACCCCAACACAGCCGGUCGCACGACCGGCACCGGCGGUGACGCACUCUUCCGCUCCGGAUACGGCUACGACAGCUUUGUCAGCGAUCAUGAUCACGACGUUGAUGGUGACGGCGAUGGAAGCGCAGACCUGCGGCAUCCUGCUGCCUCCACAGCCACAGCUGACUGCAACCCGCGGACGGCGCUGCGCCAGGGGUCCGCAACUGCUGCUGCCCCUGUAUCGUCGGCGCUGAUAAGAGAUAUUGCCGACGAGGAGGAUGCAGAUCUGUGGCACGCUUCGACCUCAGCAUCUUCGUCUGUUGUCCCUACAGAUGACCCGUUCCUCGCCGAGCCUCAGGACCCGCUGCAGCUGCCUGCGGACUCGAACAAGAAUCCGCCGCACACAUACGGUCUUGGCAAGCCAGCGACGGAGAUGGUGACGCGAGGCUGGAUCGCACAUGAAAGCGUCGUCUACGACAGAGCGACGGAGAAAGGAAAAGGCAGAGGCAGCCGAGGCAUCGGAGAUGCGGCUGCGCCAAAAGACAACCGCGACCUGGGCGCGUCGUCUAAUUCACCCUUCCUCUCCACAUCGGCGUCCUUUGCAGCAUCUGCGCCAGUGUCAGUGGUAGCAUCGGGAACAGCGUCGUCGUCGGCCACAUCGAAAGGAAAAUCGCGGCGCUCGGCCUCGCCGCGCAGACAGGCUGCUCUCGCUGCUGCGCGGUCGAUUCACGCCAGUCGCGCCGCGUUGCGCGAACAAAAGCAGCAACAACAAUUACCACUUUCUUCAGAGGAUGAGCAAGAUGAACUGCUGGACGAAGACGACAAAGAUGAAGCAGAUGAAAAUAAUGGUCAGCACAGCGUCGGCUCGAGGACGAGCGGCGGAGGACGGAGGUACUCGGUCUCCAGCUUCCUUUUCGGCUCGCGAUCCAAGCGACAUCGUUCGUCGGCGUACGACUCUGCGUCACCCUCCUCCGCAUCCUCCUCAGACACGGACGAGCCCGGAAGCCGCCCGCGCGCGACGAACCCGCUGCGACGGCACAAGGACACGGCGCGCGAAGGCAGUGGAAGUCGCAUGCUCGCGUCGUCCAGCGCAUUUUUGCAGCAGGACAAGCAUGCACGCAAGGAAGCAGAGCGCAGCAAAGGCGGCCGCGGGAGUGGCCGAAUGAUCGGCAGCCUCUUCGGCGGCCGUAGAUCCAUACUGCGCGAAGUGGACGAGGAGGAGCACGAAGCAGGCGCGGCAGGCGAGACCGAAGAAGAAGAUGGUGCUAGGGAUGCGAAACGAGGUGGAAACGGAGAUGAAGGCGAUCCCGACGGCGACAACGACGAUGAUAUCAUCUACCCUGCACCGCCUGCCAGCCGCGGCUGGACGCCGUGGGCAAAUCGCCUGGCGCUUGGCGAGUACAAGGACAAAGCUGGCGCUGUUGCAUUCGCCGCGUCCAUCGCCGUCGUGCUGCUGUUCGGAGGCGUGAGCGCGCUCACUGCUGCUCCGCUCACGACGCCACCGGCCGAGACAGACCCAAACAAGCCAGCCCCGUCGACGCGACCGUCGUCGUACUUCACCAUUACACACAGCAUCCCCUUGCUCGCGCUACUCAUCCUGCUGUCGACGCUGGCAUCAGCCGCGAACCUGCUCUUCCUGCGCUACGCUUCGUCGCGUCUGCACGCCGCUGCCACGCAGUAUCUCCGCGUCGGCCUCGCUGCCGUCCCCGCCACGCUCGCCCUCGGCUGGCUCUGGGCGUUCGCGGGCAGCUUCUACUAUGACGACGAGCGCUGGUCCGGUGGCGCAUGGAGCACGACCGGCCUGCGUGCGCUGUCGCUCCUCCCCGUCGUGCUCGCCGCGCUGUUCACGCGUGCAGUCUGGGCGCGCCGGGACCGCCUCGCGCGCAGCGUCGCCGUUCUCGAGCUCGCCGCGACCGUCGUCGUGCAGCACCCCGCACUCUUGCUGCUCAGCCUCGCGGGCCUCGCGGCCUUCCUCGCGCUCAGCAUCCCCUUCCUCGCCAUCUUUGCGCGCCUCUUCCUCGUAGGGCACUACGGUACGCUGAAGCAGCGCGUCGGCAAACGCCCCCCAGAGCAAGGAGAAUGGAUCUGGCACACGGACGCCACGGCGAAGCUCCUCGCGUGGGUCACCCUCGGCACGUGGCUCUGGACCUGGGCCGUCCUGCGCGGCAUACAGCGCGUGACGAUCGCCGGCGUCGUCAGCCAUUGGUACUUUCAUCGUCGGGGCGGGGAAGCUUCAUCGUUUCUAGCCGAUGGAACGGCAGCGGCGGCGGCGGCGGCGGCCGCUGCUGCUGCCGAUGAGGAUGAGGAAAACGUCAUUGGGUUCGUUGCAAACAAUACACCCGGGGGCUGGCCGGAAGAUGACGAUGCGCAGAGCUUCGGUGGUCUAGCUAAGUCUCUCAUCGGCGAGCCGACAAGUCUUGAGAUCGUCCGCGCCUCGUUCGCUCGGGCCACCGGCCCAGCGCUGGGGACAAUCUGCGCUUCGGCGCUCGUGCUGGCGCUGACGUGGCUCGCGGCGAUCAUCGCGGACAACGCAAGGCGGACGUCCAACC